GUCACAUUGUCAGAUAAUGGCAUUCUAGCAGCGUUCGACCACAUUAACAAAUGUCCCAUACAAAAUGAUAACAAUUCCCUUUUGUUAGUUCAACAUUAACUGCCGACUAACUGAUACGUUUAGUGCGCCUUUUAAUGUUGACACAAAUAGGUAGUUGGUAAAGUCGACUUUAGUUUUAGUGGCGAAUUAAGCAAUGGCCAUACAAAUAUUUUUAGUGGCAGUGAUCUUGAUCAGUGGAAGUGCAGCCAGAAUUGUGAAUAAAUUUAAAUGUCCUGAAGUCAGGGCUGUCCCACACUUCGAUUUACAACAGAUGCUCGGUGACUGGUAUGUGGUGGAGUACUAUGCAAGCGCAGAGGAAGCCCUGUCAUACAGCUGUAUGAAAUCAGUGUUCGCGCAAGACGACCGUGUUCCGGCUGCGGAUGGCUCAAUAGAGUGGACGCCGGGUGUAACAAUGAACUUCACUUACCGAUUCGCGGACGACCCUCUGGGGGAGAAUCUGUUCGGCAACAUCACUUGGCGCGUCGACCUCAACCAACCAGCCCAUUGGACACAUGCCGAGAGCACCUAUGACGGCAUCUACAACACGUACGUGCUGGACACGGAGUACAAGACCUGGUCGCUGCUGCUGCACUGCGCGGAGCCGAAGGACAAGGCCCGGUAUCUGAGCGCUUUCAUCCUGUCUCGCAAGACCACGCUCCCCAAGAACGUAAUGGCGUAUCUCAGGGACAAGUUGCCGAGAUACGACAUCGACAUGAACUACGUGUUCGCGAUCCCGCACGACGACUGCAAGGACAAGCCGGCACGUGCCGACUACUCGGCAGUGCUCGUGCCGGUCGACACCAAGAUACCGCAGAAACCCGGCCUCGCCUACAAUGUAGCACAGGAUAAUUAAAAUUCUGUAUUCACAAAAUUGUACCCUCCAUUUGUACCGUCAAAUACA